AUGAGCAUCUUUGUUUCUUUCCCUAACAAAUUUACCCGAUCGAUAACUAUGUCUACUAGUGCAGUCCAACAAGCACAAGGCUUUUUAGACUUUGUCAAUCAGUCUCCUACUCCCUACCAUGUUAUCAACACUGUUAAAAAACAGCUAAAAGACAGUGGAUUUGUUGAGCUAUCUGAACGUAAUAACUGGUCAGGUUCCAUUAGAAAGAACUGCAAAUACUUUGUCACUCGUAAUGCAUCGUCCAUAAUUGCUUUUGGUGUGGGUGGUAAGUUUCAGCCAGGUAAUGGGUUUUCAAUGGUGGGUGGUCAUACCGAUUCCCCUGCUUUAAGGAUCAAGCCAAUUUCAAAGCAAUCAAAGGAAGGUUUUCAUCAAAUCGGAGUUGAGACAUAUGGUGGCGGUAUCUGGCACACAUGGUUUGAUAGAGAUUUAAGUGUAGCGGGCAGAGUGUUUGUUUCUGAACCAGAAACUGGAAAAUGUAUUGCAAGAUUAGUGAAAAUUGAUAGACCUCUGCUGAGAAUUCCAACUUUGGCUAUCCAUCUAUCUAAAGAUAGGUACGUCAAGUUUGAGUUCAACAAGGAAACACAGUUCAAGCCAAUUGCCGGUCUAAUUGAAACCAACGAAACUAGUUCGACAUCUGGUUGUUGUGAAGGUGAAAAAUUAUCCGAAGAUCAAUUCCAUGCCGUUAAAUCUGUAGUCGAGAGACACAAUAAAGAACUUAUUGGCUUAAUUGCUGACGAAUUAUCUAUCAAACCAACCCAGAUUGAAGAUUUCGAAUUAAUUUUGUACGACAACCAAAAAUCAUGCUUCGGUGGGUUGAACAAUGAGUUCAUUUUCUCACCCCGUUUGGACAACCAAGUCACUUGUUUCUGUGCAACAAAAGCAUUAAUUGCUGCUACAAAAUUAUCAAAGUUGGAAAAUAACCAAGGUAUUCAGUUAAUCUCUUUAUUUGACCACGAGGAAAUUGGCUCUUUAUCUGCACAAGGUGCCGAUUCAUCGUUCUUACCCAACAUAAUCGAGAGACUUACAAAAUUAACGUUCAACCCAGAAGUUGAUUUAAAGGGGGAGUUACCAAGCUCAUACUUUCUGACAACUAUGUCUAAGUCUUUCAUGAUUUCUUCAGAUAUGGCACAUGGCGUUAAUCCAAACUAUCCCGAAAACUAUGAGUCCAAUAAUAAGCCACACCUUAAUCAAGGUCCAGUUAUUAAAGUUAAUGCCAAUCAGAGGUAUGUUACUAACUCCGCAGGAAUAGUACUUUUAAAGAAAAUUGGAAAUCUAUCGAAAACUCCAUUACAAUUAUUUGUGGUUAGAAAUGAUUCUCCGUGCGGAUCGACUAUUGGUCCUAUGAUCAGUGCCAAACUGGGUGUUAGAACCCUUGACAUUGGUAAUCCACAACUCAGUAUGCAUUCCAUCAGAGAAACAUGUGGUGCAGCAGAUUUUGAAAAACUCACAAAUCUGUUUGAGUCUUAUUUUGAACACUAUAACAGCGUAGAAUCCACAAUAUACGUAGAUGGAGUAGACAAUUAG